CUGGACGGGCAGGUGGGCACCGCCGAGCUGCGCCACCGCCUCACCCACUUCUGUGCCAGCCUCCAGGGCCUGGUGCUCAGCAUCGGUGGCGUCAUGUCCUCCCUGGGGUACCCCCUGCCUGCAGGGCCCCCCACGCCGCCUGGUGCCCCCGCAGGGGCUCCCAAUGACUUCCUGAAGAAGAUGGAUGAUUUCUGGCUGCUGAAGGAGUUGCAGACCUGGCUCUGGCGCUCGGCCAAGGACUUCAACCGCCUCAAGAAGAAGGUGCCGCCUGCUGUGGUCACCCUGAGGCUGGAGGCAAGGGGGUUUUGA